AUGAUGACCCGUGCGACGACUCGGCGCGCAAGCGGUGAAGGAGCCACGUACCGGCGAAUCGGCGACGUCGACACGAUGGACGGUGGGGAUGAUUCGAGCCGCCGCUACACGGUGGACGAUGCGCUCUCCGCCGUUGGAUUUGGCGCAUUUCAUUGGCUGCUGCUGGGGUAUGCCGGCCUGGCGUGGGCGGCAGAGGCCAUGGAGCUUCUUCUGCUUUCAUUCAUUGCCGCCCCCGCUGCCGCCCAUUUUGGCGUGGGCGGCGACGGUGAGGCGGCGCUGUCGUCUGUAGUGUUCGCGGGCAUGCUGGUGGGCGCGUUCGCGUGGGGGCUGCUGGCGGACAGCCGCGGGCGCAGGUUUGCCUUCACAGCAACGGCCCUGCUCACCUUCCUAGCAGCGCUCCUCUCAGCCCUCGCCCCCUCCUUCCCUCUCCUCCUCGCCGCCCGAGCACUUGUCGGGGCGGGCCUGGGUGGCGCGCCCGUCAUCUUUUCGCUCUUCCUCGAGUUCACGCCACCCGCUUCCCGCGGCUUCUGGUCGCUCGCCCUCUCUCUCUUCUGGACCGUCGGAUCGGUCGCCGAAGCUGCUCUAGCAUGGGCCGUGCUGCCAGUGCUGGGAUGGAGAUGGCUCAUCGUUCUCUCCUCGCUGCCUCUCCUUCUGCUGCUGCUGCUCUUCCCACUGCUUCCUGAAUCUCCGAGGUACCUUCUGGUGAAAUCUCGGCCGUUGGAUGCGCUGGCAGUGCUGCAACACGUGGCAAGGCUCAAUAGGAGGCCGCUGCCAGCAGGACAGGUCAGCCUGGUUGCAGGGGGCGGCGGGUCUCAGGGCGGAUCUCAGGUGGAAAAAACAGAAGGGGGAGAGUCAGAGGAAGGCGCACCUCAGCUGCAGAGUGCGAGUGAGCGGAACAGCUGGAACCGCUCCCUCCCCUCCUUCCCUCCACCAGCCCUGCGCCAGCUGCUCUCUCCGCCUCUUCUCACGACCACGCUGCUCCUGUGGGGGGUGUUCUUCGCCAAUGCAUUCUCCUACUAUGGCCUCGUGCUGCUCACCACGCAGCUCACUGCCGCCACUCCUGCCUGCCCCCCUGCUGCUGCUGCUGCUGCUGCUGCUGCCUCUGCUGCUGCGAUAACUGCUGCUGCUGCCAGCGGUGUUGUAGGCGCUGCUGGUGAUAGCAUAGCGACUGCUGCAACUGCUGUCGGUGCUGCUGCUACUGCGACUGCUGCCGCUGCUGCUGCUUCCGGAGCAGAGGCAGCAGCAAGGGACGCAGUGGAGCGGCUAGGGCAGCCCUUGUUCUUCGGUGUGCUUAUAACGAGUGCAGCAGAGCUGCCCGGCCUGCUGCUCUCUGCUCUUAUAGUGGAUCGUGUGGGUCGGCGCACCACCAUCGCUGCCAUGCUUGCUGCUGCCGCCCUCGCCCUCCUCCCCCUCCUCCUCCACUCCCUCCUCCCGGACUUGUCUGUUCUCGCGCUUGCCGCCCGGCCGGCUGCCACUGUAGCGGUGCUGUUUGUUGCAAGGGCGGCAAUCAUGGGGUCGUUUCAGACACUGUUCAUGUUCGCACCAGAGGUGAGCCACUCUGCCGGCUCGUAA